AUGCAGCACGACGAUGUGGUUUGGAGUGUGAUUAACAGAUCAUUUUGCUCAUUUAAAACAAGCACAGCAACUCAAAAAUUUUGCAGAAAUGAAUAUAACUUGACUGGAUUGUGUAGCAGGUCUUCUUGUCCUUUAGCAAAUAGUAGAUAUGCCACAGUUAGGGAAGAAAAAGGAAUAAUAUAUUUGCUUCUUAAGACAGCUGAAAGGUCUCACUUUCCGAAUAAAGAAUGGGAAAAAAUAAAACUAUCAAGAAAUUUUGAAAAGGCUAUUUAUCAAAUAAAUGAAAACUUGUUGUAUUGGCCUUCAUAUUUAAAAUCAAAAUGCAAACAAAGAUUUGUGAAAAUUACUCAAUAUUUAAUAAGAAUGAGAAAAUUACAGCUGAGAAGACAGAAGAAAUUAGUUCCUUUGCAAAGAAAAAUAGAGAGAAGGGAGAGAAGGAGGGAAGAUAAGGCUUUGAUUGCUGCUAGAUUGGAUAAUGCCAUUGAAAAACAAUUAUUAGAAAGACUUAAAGCUGGAACUUAUGGUGAUAUUUACAAUUUUCCUCAAUAUGUAUUUGAUAAAGCAUUAGACAAGGAGCAAGAUAAGAGUAGUUUAAAAAUGCAGGAAUUUGAAAAUGAAUAUAUUGCUGCAGAAAGUGAUGAAUCAGAAACAGAGGUUGCAUUGAAUGAAAAUGCAUCAGAUAUAGAAGAAUCUGAUAUAGAGGACAUUGAGGUAAUUUUCGAUUGA